GUUGAAUUCGGGCUCUUCCCCGAGCUGGAGGGUGGGGUCGGGGUAUCAGGGGUAGCAGCUUUCUCUGAUACUGAAAGCGAGCUGUGUGCUACUGAACAAAUUAAUGCAUGUAAAAAAGAUAACACUACGACAGUGGAGAGGAUCCAGACAGCGUGUGGUAGAAUCAGAUCAAGUGUGCGUGCAGUAGCUGAGAGAGGCAUUCAGACAUGGCGGCCAACAAGGGGAAAAGUCAGAGCUCCUUGGCAUUGCACAAGGUCAUCAUGGUGGGCAGCGGUGGUGUAGGCAAGUCAGCCCUUACACUCCAGUUUAUGUAUGAUGAGUUUGUUGAAGACUAUGAGCCCACGAAAGCGGACAGUUACAGAAAAAAGGUUGUGCUGGACGGGGAGGAGGUACAGAUCGAUAUUUUGGACACAGCUGGACAGGAAGACUACGCAGCCAUCCGAGACAACUAUUUCCGCAGUGGAGAGGGUUUUCUGCUUGUGUUCUCCAUAACUGAGCAAGAGUCUUUCACAGCCACAGCAGAGUUCAGGGAACAGAUCCUGCGUGUUAAAGCUGAGGAGGAUAAGAUUCCACUGCUGCUGGUGGGGAAUAAGUCUGAUUUGGAGGAGCGCAGGCAGGUGUCUGUGGAUGAUGCCAGAGCGAAGGCAGAGGAGUGGAGUGUACAGUAUGUGGAGACUUCUGCUAAAACACGUGCCAACGUAGAUAAGGUAUUUUUUGACCUCAUGAGGGAAGUGCGAGCCAAGAAGAUGUCAGAAAAUAAGGACAAAAAUGGAAAAGGAAAGAACAAGAAGAACAAGAAGAGCUUCAAGGAACGGUGCUGUUUACUUUGAACUCCACAUGGACUUUCCAUAAACAAAUCUUUCUACUCUAAGGAACAUUUCAAUUUUUCUUUAUUACAAUCAAACCAUAAUUAGUGGCAGGUCAUCACCAUCAAGGCUUUUCAUAUUUCCUUUCUCCAUGUAAACUAUUAUUUUUCAAUGUUUGAUGACCAGUGGCUACUUUGUGAGACUUUCUGUAGCACUUUAGGACUAACAUGGAGGUGACCAACCUGUGCCCAACACUAAGCUUUUUUUUAUCUUGUGUAAUUUAUCUUAAGUUCACAACUGGUUUUCAGCCUCUUCCUAGGUAAUUAAGAUUUUUCUUUUUAUACAGCCUCAUUUGUGGCUAUGCAUUAAUAGUUCUGUUUUUUUAGUCAGAAAUAUAUUUUUAUCCCUCUGCCACUACGUGGUGGAGGCAUUAUGUUUUUGGGUCUUUCCAUCCGUAUUCUGUCAUGCUUGUUAGAAGUAUAUUUUAAGGGUAUUUCGGGUAUACAAAUUAGGAACAAGAAGGAUUCGACUUGUUGGCAGUGGAGGUAUCCCCAUCGACAUUUUUCCUCAGAUUAAAGGAAAUUGCCAGUGCUUUUACAACACCCAAAUGUUUGCAUUUCCUGCCCCCUGUUUUGAAAAUGUACACCUAAGGACAGUAUGUUAGGGAGCGUAAAUAUUUUAAACUUGGUAUACACAGAUGAGACUACUGAUGUGUGGUAGAAAAACUUUACUUCAUGAUGUCUGGCUGGCUAGAAGUCGAUAUGGUGUUAUGGUACCAAAAUGCUGUGGAUUCCUAAUGCCUGAUUCCAAUUCAGUCAAAUCGCCAUUGACACAGUUUGUGGAGGUAAAUACAAGACCGUUAAAUGCUGUCACACUCAACAACAUUUCUUUCCUGUGUAAACAGAAGUUAUGAAACUUGGGCUAAACUAAGGGCUUGAAAUGAUGCUGAGAUAUUGCUCAACUUGAAAUGAUGCUGAGAUAUUGCUCAACUUUUCUGGCCUUAAAUAGGCCAAGUUUUGGCAUAGGAGAAUCUACACUGCCUCCCACUGGUUGACGUAAAUACUUCACAGCCAAGAGAGGCACAUCACAUGGAUGGAUACUGCUAGGAACUUAUAGCCUUGAUGUGUCUUGAAGUUUAACUGAGAUAUUUUUGUAGAAAGUAUGAUGCCUUUUCCACCAUCGGACCCCACUAGGAUAAAUGUGCCAUAAGUAUUUGUGCCAACCUAAUAUUAUAAGUAUAGCAAUGACUUCUGACUGAACUUAUUUGUGUGGCUUGUUUAAUUUAGUAUUCUGCUACACACACUGAGUGCUACAGGUCCACCAAUGAUAUUGCUGAAAUUGAUGUUUUAUAUCACAUUAUAGGUUCUGGCCUUUCAGAAAUGGGCUGCAAUUUUUAUGAUUGUUUCCACUGGAUGAUAAUCAGGAUAAUUCAAAGUAUGUUGCCAAAUAAACACUUUUGUUGUA